AUGUCCUUUGUAACGAAUAAUCCAGAACAAAAGGAUGAUUCUGAUCAAUUGAGUUCCGUUUCGUCUUUGGGUCAUGCCCAACCCCAGAUCCUUACCCAGUCUCAAGCUCCUCCAGCUGUCAGUCCUCCCCAUACAACCGCAGUUGCAAGCCUGCAACACCAGCAGGAGCAGGAAAUGCUCUUGAACUACACAGUGCCUAAUCCGCCGGUUUCUACUCAACAAUCAAGUGCUGCUGCUAGUGCCGUCGCAGCUGCUAGCGCAGCAGCCAUGUCUAACUCUCAGGCGAACUCCUCUGUGGGAAAUUACGGUCCAGAUGGCCAAAUCCAGUCGCAAUCUGCUUCCUUUGAUGCUGAUUUGAACAAAGUUAACCCUCCUAGGACACUCUGGAUGGGCGAUUUGGACCCUUGGUUAGAAGAGGCUGCAAUUGCAGAUUUGUGGUGGCAGGUGUUGGGAAAGAAAGUCACCGUCAAGAUCAUCAAGCCUAAGAUCCAACAGCAACACCAGCAAGUGAAUGAAAAUGGCUUGACUCAUUCCGGCUAUUGCUUCAUUGAGUUUGAGACCUUUGACGAUGCUCAGCAGGCAUUGGGCUUAAAUGGCCAAUUGCUUCCAGACAUAGCCAUCCCUUCGCAACAGAAGUUCCUCAAUAACCCAGAUAAUCAAAAGAAGUACUUCAGACUCAACUGGGCCAGCGGUGCUACCUUGAGCGCCCCUAUUAUCCAGACUCCAGAAUACUCCUUAUUUGUUGGAGAUUUGUCGGCGUCGACCACUGAAGCUCACCUUCUUGCGUUUUUCCAGAAAAGCUUCCCCAAUUCUAUCAAGACUGUUAGAGUUAUGACAGACCCUGUAUCUGGAAAAUCGAGGUGCUUUGGUUUUGUUAGAUUUGCUGAUGAAUCUCACAGACAAAUGGCAUUAGUAGAAUUGCAAGGAGCCUGGUUCGGUGGAAGGCCCUUAAGAUUGGCAUUAGCCACUCCCCGUAACUCCAAUCGCCAACAACAGAACCAUAACCAACAGCACCAGUACCAACAGCAUCACUCCUUCCAGCAGCAACAUCACUUUCAGCAGGGGCACCAUUUCCACCAAGACCAACAAUUUCAGCAGCCAAGAUUCACCCGUAGCCCAAUUCCUCAAGGUAAUUACUACUACGGCGGAUAUGAGCAGCAGAAUCAGGAGUUAAUGGGCCCAGGUGUUCCUGGUAGUUCCGGUGGUGCGCCUGGUGUACCAGGGCCGGGACCAGGGAAUUAUUACCAUCAUCAAUGGCACGAUCCACGAGCUCAACAGGUUAAUUCCCCAAUACCUCCACCACCCGUGCAACCACAAGGUAAUUUCCAGGAACAACAUCAACAACAACUGACUGACACCAGCGACACUUCAUCUGUCAAGUCGCCAGUAUUAACUGCAACCCAGACAGGUAAUUCAAUCGGACCCAGUUCUACUUCGUCCAGUGGCCAGGGCCAAAACCAAGCUCAAGGUCCGCCUUCCCUCGGCCAUGGCCAGCCCUUUACCGAUCCUAACAACACCACUGUAUUUGUAGGGGGCCUUUCGUCGGAAGUUAAUGAGCCAACAUUGUUUAUGCUUUUCAAACCAUUUGGGUUAAUUCAACAGGUGAAAAUUCCUCCUGGAAAAAACUGUGGGUUCAUCAAGUACUCAACUAGAGUAGAAGCUGAAGAUGCAAUUGCAGCAAUGCAAGGAUUCAUAAUAGGAGGUAACAGAGUGAGGUUGAGCUGGGGCCGUGUCUCCUUGAACAACAAGAAGUAUCAACAGCAGCAACAGCAAGUUGCCCAAGCUGCACAGAUUGAAGCCGCCGCUGCAUUGUCUAUGGGAUUAGAUCCUGCCAGUGCCAUUGCAGCUGCUGCUGCUGUUGCAGCUGGGGGAUAUACACCCACACUCCCUGGGCAUGUUCACCAACCUCCACCACCGGGAGCUGCGUACCAUAUGAUGCACCCGGCACAUGCUCCACCACCGCCUCAUAUGGGUAUGCCUCCUCCAAUGCACAUGCAAAACUAUCGACCCAACGAAGACAAUCGAGAAGAUCAACAGCAGCAACAGGGGCAACAGCAGCAGCUGCUGCUGCCGCUGCUGCUGCAACAGAUUCCAAACGGAUACUUGCCUCCAGCUUACCUUGGAGGAUCUCCUGUUCCACCUAACGCAAGCGCCAAUGCCGAUGGCUUGCUUAACUCCAUGGCUAACAUGAACUUGGGAAACAGCGGCAGUCAAGAGAAUCCUAACUACCCUAACCCUUCUAUGUACUUACAGGGACCUGUCCCUGGAGCCCCUGGCCAGGUACAUGGACCUGGAGCUCAAGGGUAUCCAGGUAUGUAUCAAUACCAACCUUACCUUGCGCCAGGAACUGCGCCCCAGUUUGAAUCGCAAGACAGAGACAAUGAGGCCGAUGAUAACAAUACCAAUAAUCAGAAAGAAGAAUCUGGUUCGGAAUCUAAAAGUAAAUCAAAAGAUACUCCUACAGGUGAGGAAUAA